AUGGCAACCGUCAAUUGUCAGUCAUCCAAGAAAAACAGGGGUCAGAAAUGUCAGCAGAGAAUUGCUCUGAUUGUAACUGAGGUGCCCCUAGGGAAAAAGUCUGUAGAUUUAGUGUCUGCAAGUAAACGGCUGGACCUGCCUGCUGCUCUGUUAAGCUGCCACCUAAGUACCAACACUCCAGGCCCUAAACCACUCCUAGGUACCAACUAUCCAGGCCCUAAACCUCUCCUAGGUACCAACACUCCAGGCCCUAAACCACUCCUAGGUAUCAACACUCCAGGCCCUAAACCACUCCUAGGUAUCAACACUCCAGGCCCUAAACCACUCCUAGGUACCAACACUCCAGGCCCUAAACCACUCCUAGGUAUCAACACUCCAGGCCCUAAACCACUCCUAGGUAUCAACACUCCAGGCCCUAAACCACUCCUAGGUACCAACACUCCAGGCCCUAAACCACUCCUAGGUAUCAACACUCCAGGCCCUAAACCACUCCUAGGUAUCAACACUCCAGGCCCUAAACCACUCCUAGGUAUCAACACUCCAGGCCCUAAACCACUCCUAGGUAUCAACACUCCAGGCCCUAAACCACUCCUAGGUAUCAACACUCCAGGCCCUAAACCACUCCUAGGUAUCAACACUCCAGGCCCUAAACCACUCCUAGGUAUCAACACUCCAGGCCCUAAACCACUCCUAUGUACCAACACUACAGGCCCUAAACCACUCUUUGGUAUCAACACUACAGGCCAUAAACCACUCCGAGUUAUCAACUCUCCAGGCCCUAAACCACUCCUAGGUAUCAACACUCCAGGCCCUAAACCACUCCUAGGUAUCAACACUCCAGGCCCUAAACCACUCCUAGGUAACAACACCCCAGACUCUAAACCACUCCUAGGUAUCAACACUCCAGGCCCUAAACCACGCCUAGGUAUCAACACUCCAGGCCCUAAACCACUCCUAGGUAACAACUCUCCAGGCCCUAAACCACUCCUAGGUAUCAACACUCCAGGCCCUAAACCACGCCUAGGUAUCAACACUCCAGACCCUAAGUCAUCACUGAGAUCCCAAGAAGAAUGA